AUGCCAGCGUACAUUACCAAGAAGCACACUGCCGGUGGUGAUAAAGAACGUAUUACCUGUGAUGUGUUUCGUUUUACAUACUUCUUUUCCAUGUACGCCUCGAUAUUGAGUUUAACCGUAGUGAGUCUCGAGAGGUUCAUAGCAAUUAAAAUGCCCGUCUGGCAUAGAACGUCAUUAACCAAACGAAAGAUGAUAACCACGCUUAUGAUCUCCUGGCUCGAAGCCGCAUUAGUUUCCAUGCUUCCGUUCGUUUGGCAGCGCGGAGACACCGACGAGCUAUGCACCUACCGACCUACAAAGGAAUGGAGCAUGAUGGUUAUUUUACUAAACGUGUGCUUCCCAUUUGUUAUUAUGUUUGCCUGCCACUUCUACACAGUUUACUUUGCUAUUCAAUUUUCGCGCGCCAAAUACAGAGCAAAAAGUUCAACUAUAGCAAUUACCGUAAGACGAAAUACAAACGAGCGAAUUUCUGACGAAAAUGGAGAGGCCAUUUUGGCAAAAAAAGAAAGAGAUAUUACAUGCACAAUGGCGAUGGUUUUGGGAGCAUUCGUCCUGUGUUGGGCACCUUCCACUUUCUAUUACUUUCUGCAGAUGGUUUGUCUCCAGUGCUACCGACCGUCAUUUAAAAAGGUUGAACCGUUUUUCAAUGCAGUUGUAAAAUUACUAACAUUCGUGAAUUCCUGUUUGAACCCAUUUAUUUAUUGUUGGUCGAACAAGUAUUUUAGACAAGCAUUUCGUCAAUCACUUUUGAAAAAGUCAAGUGCCAGAAAAACAAAGUUCAUACAAAUAAAUGGAAUUGACGGAAAGACAGAGAUUUCACCUAUACUUUAA